CAAGGCGCAAAAUGGCAUUCAGGCAUGGAGAUCCUGGAAAAUUUAACCGAGUUUAAAUGAACCUCCAAGGAAGAAGGGACUAUCUACCUUAUCGUCGCACCAAUCCUAGUGGUUGAAAGGACGUAAGCUCUCCAGCGUGAGCCACCCGUAUUGGUUGCUUUCCUCCAGUUGGAGCAGAAUUGCGGGGUAGCGGGCGGAAAGAAGCAAAAAUUCAGCAUAGCCAGUCACAAUGGGCGACAAAACCUCUGCCAAGUUCCUCUCCCUCGGCGCCAUCGUCCAGGAAUUCAACGUGGACGGACAAAACAUCGUUCAGGGAUUCACCACGAAAGAAGCCUACGAGAAGCACAACUCACCCUGGUUCGGCGCGAACAUUGGACGCGUCGCUAACCGCAUCAAGGACGGUGUUAUUCAAUCUCUCAAUGGACAGCAGUAUCAACUCGAACUGAACGAUCCUCCGAAUGCGCUGCACGGAGGUAGUCGUGGAUGGGGUCGCUGCGAAUUCGAUGGUCCGACGGUGUUGAACCGCGAUGGAAAGACUACGCUGCUGUAUACGUACCUGAGUCGUGAUGGGGAGGCAGGAUACCCAGGUACAGUAGAAUUGAGGGUCUACUAUACCACCAGUGAGGAGGUGGAGAACGGCAAGACUACAUCCGUGCUGAAGAUUGAAUACGAGGCUGAGUUGGUGGGCGACGAGUGCAAAGAGACAGUUGUUAAUUUGACCAACCACAGCUACUUCAACCUCAACGGUGGCCCAACCACCGAAGGCACCAUCACCAAACUAUCAACACAGGACUACCUACCCUUAGAGAAUGGCAUCCCAUUGGGCCCCAUUGAGCCCUACCCCAGCGAAGUCACCAAGGAAUUCACCUUCGGCCCGCAGAACCAAUUCGACGACGUCUUCAUUAUGGACCGCGACCUGUCCCGCGUUCCCCUCGAUACACGGGGUGAGCCCCUCCGCCUACUGGCCGAGUUCCAGCACCCAGACACGCGUCUGCACCUGCAAGUGCACAGCACGGAGCCGGCCUUCCAAUUCUACACGGGCCAAGGCAUCGACGUACCCGAGACAGACGGGAAACCGAGUCGGGGCCCAUUUGCGGGGUUCUGCAUCGAACCCAGUCGGUUUGUCAAUGCGGUCAAUGAGCCCGGAUGGCGGCACACGGUCAUUCUCCCGAAGGGGAAGAAGUACGGUAGCACAAUUGUGUAUAAGGCCUGGAGGGAGUAGACCAAAACAGAGCCAAAAUUACAACGAGAACCCGAGGUAAACUGCCGGGAAAGAGUCAUGCCAUGGUGAAUCAAAGAACGGCCGAUCGGUGGAGAGAGAUUAUUAUGUGCCUAGGCUCGGCAUGGGCAUGGACGUACAUCGCCGAGGGCAGGGACAUCUAUCUAUCUAGACUACGGAAUUCUCCGUCUUUUAAUUCCGCUACUAGCCAGAAAAUUUUUGACGAUUAUUAUUUUUUUUUCCCUGGAUCUGUAAAAUGUCUUGGCAAUCAUCCGAUUAUCCAUGGCAUCACAUGAUCACGACGUGCCGAUUUACCC